AUGACAGUAUGGACAGAAAUAUUGUGCCGUAUUCCGACAGCUCCGACAGUUCAACACCAGAGAAGAGAAACUGCUGACUGGAAACAAGAGAUAAAUAAAAGGAAAAGACAAUUUGGCUAUCCAUACAAAGGUAAGAAAAGAGAAGAAACCAUCUGGAAGUAUGAUGUUGAAAAGAAGGGAAGAGUUCUAAAGCCCAGAUGCAAAUGCAGAGUUAGUGAGAAGACGAGUAAAUUGAAUUGCAAUAAAUUAACAGAUAGAGACAGAGAAGACAUUUUUAACAUAUUUUGGAAACUAAGUUGGGAUCAGAAAAAAGUUUUUGUGAAUAACACAAUGAGACUUUCAAAAGUUCAUAGACCAAGAGACAGAAAAAACCAAGUUACAUCAAGGCGUAAAUUUUCAAAUGAGUACUCUCCAAGUAAAAGAUGA